AUGUCCGUAGCGAGUAUCUCGGGGAGCUCUACGGGUGGGGGGGGGGGACAAAGCAACACGACAGACAUUAGUCGCUUAGAACCUAGCCGGGUUCGGCGAGCAAAAAGCGAACCCCGAACCAGACGUUCCGGCCAGCAAUUCUCGAGCAUUCUCUCAAGGGAAACGGGGCGUAACGCUGAUGUUUCGGUUCGGACUGGAUGUAUAACGGGCAAAUUAGCUUGCAGAAGACAGUUCGCUGCGGUUUUGUACCUGUCAGUCAGUGUUUGUCAACAAAGGCGAGUUGAAGUUGGUGCGGUCGUGCCGAGAUGUGUGGCGAUUCUGGACGAAUGUCCUCGAGUAAAAUUAUGGGUUAGUGUUGGGCAAGGCACCUUGGCAGUCUGGUGUUUCAACUUCACGGUCCCAUUCUGGGACACCUCCGGACAAAGACGGAUAAUUUGCUGCCAACGGUUGUCCAGGCUGCGGAACGGUGGAAUAAAUUUGCAGCGAUUUGCAGAUAAACAUGCCCGGGCCGUCCGUCAUCAUCGGAUGAUAAUCGCCCGGCACGAAUCCGGCACCGACGCACGGGCACUAGCGACCUGGAUCUUCCGAGGAAGAAAACGCCAGGACGAGGAUAUGUAUAAUAAUCGUUUCGUAGGCGAUCACUGCGUGGGAACGUGGCGCGUUUUGCGUUCGACCGAUCCCCGAGGGAAUAUUUAUAAACCGGGGAAGGACCGGAGAGACAAAAAACGCCAUCCCAAACUCCGGUUGGUGAGCAUGACGACGGUACAGGAGUAGGUGUGCUUUGGAGCUAUCAUGUCGAUGCUGGUGCAACGCCAAAAGCAACGACUCGUCACAGAUCAGGUCCUGCGGGGCGAUGGAUUUGUUAUGCUCCAAAAACAGCCGUUGGCCAUUGGAAAGGCCAACCGAUUCGGGGCUCCCGCAACAUUCUGACCUAGCAGCGGUCAGAGCGGGAUGCCAGAUGUGACCAACAAUCCGCUGUACCGUGUGCACCAGGAGGAAGGUUUAGGUUUUCGGAACAGUGGUUGCAUAUUUUUAAUUCUGUCUCGCUGGAGGCUGCUGGGAGUUUAUGGGAUUAAUCACAAGUUUGGUGCUUGCAAGCAUAAUUUAUUGUUUCAUACAAAUGCUAUAAAAACGGAUUAACAGAAAAAAUUGUGCACCAUACAAAUGUUGAAACGAUUGCCUCGAGCGAGAGCGGUUGCAUAUGCUGAUUUAAAAAUUAUUCCACUAUUUUUUGCCAUGGGUUUGUUGUUUCGUUGGGAAACAAUGUUUUGAAGGCUGGCAAUUGGUUGGACAUGUGCUCUUUUGGAUGUUGUGUACCAUGUUAAUGCAUCAGCAUUGUAUUAUUUGAUUUAAAUUUUAUUAACACUCAAUAAUACCGUAGGGAUUGUAGCACCUUAUCUUGUAUUUAAAAAUUUUCAUACAAAACUUUAAUAAACUUAUCUUAUUAUCUUUGAUGCAAUAUCAGAAGAUCUUGGCCUGGAAGGUUUGGAGUUAGUUUGAUGUCUUAAUUUAACCCUAGCUUCUCUUCUUCUUCUUUGGCCUUAAGACCUCUUAGGUUAUGCCUGGCAUUUGUGGCUUACAAGACUUAAAGAUACCGGGGGAACGGUCCGGAUGGGAUUUUAACCCCGGUCCUGUCGCGUGAAGACCAGCGUUGUUGUCGCCACUAACACCCUAACCCUAGCUAGUCAGUCCUAUUAGUCUUGUUUCGUGAAGGACGAUCCGGAUAGCAUUUAACUCCUCCUUAGCACCUUUGCGAGCCUUUAUCACACAAAUCUGAAUCAGAGCAGGACCAUAGUCGGUAGAAACAUAUUCUGAUUGUGACGUGUCCUCUCAAAGGAUAAUAAUUUUCAUAAAGCCUAAGAAAUUGUAAA